UGCCUUGGCGAAAUUUUCUGGUUUUCGUAUCAAGUUCGGAAAGCCACAAUGGUCGGAUCGAGGAAGUAUCAUUAUGGAGUCAAUAUGUCGGUCAUAGAGUGUGCGAGUUUCUUUUUUUUGUUUUGUUUUGUUUCCUUGUAGGACAGAAUAAUCAUUCCAUAAUUUUUCCUUUACAAUUUUCUACCGAAAUUCUUUUAUUCCCACCCUUACAGAGCAUAGGAGACUGGAUGAAUGCCUAAUGAUUCUUCAAGGCCUCUUUAUUCUAUGCUAAUCUUGAAUAUUUUGAAGAGUUAAGUUUGUUUGCUGAAGCAUUCUUGUCUCACUGAGUUACUAAGCUUUAGCGAUGAGUCACGUUCGACGUAAACAGAGCGGAGAGGUCAAGGCAAACCAGCUGAAUUCUUACCGGAACAAUUAGAAAGAUUGGGACAGAUGCGAAGAGAUUUAAUUUUUUAUUUUAAGUGCUUGAGAGAAUAUCGUAAACGAUGUAUAAACAAAGUAAUCAAUAUUUCUUAAUCUAAGUGGCAAAAGAGCCAAAUGCAAAAACAGUCAGAGAAUUCAUCAACAUUCCUUGCUUAAGCUGUAAGAACACAACAGAUUUGUCUGUGUAUGUUGUUAAGAUUUUACCGUUUUGAGUGAGUGCGCUUUCAAAUAAAAUGAAAGCGAAUCUCUCUUCUGUGUGGGUGUGUUUUAACUCGGCCGGAAAACCGAACUCUGUAAAGGAAGCAACUGAUUUAAAAGGUGAGCGUUCAUAUAUGUUUUCUUUCCGCACUCCAUGUACAGUAUAAACAAACUAGUGUUACGAUCCAAACACAAAUUGAAUUUGCAGGUUCGAGCAUUGAUUGGCUAAAAACGUUUACCUUUGGGUUAGAAAAAGACAGUCUUUAACCCUGCUUAUAGAAUGCUAAGCGGCGAAGGUUAAUGCCUCAUUAGGAUCAGAAAAACUUUUAUUCGAAAGAUGAAGUGAUGAAUUUAACUGACAGAAAUGGCUGAAGAUUUCACCUCGAACCGCAGUAUUGGAAUAAUCAUUGUGGAAGUUUUGGUUUGUGCUCUGAUUGAUGGGUUGUCUCUCUUCGGAAACGUGUUAGUAUCUUUGGCUGUGAUUCGGAGCCCAAAGCUGCGCACUUCAACAAACAUGUUCAUACUCGCGUUAGCCAUCGCUGACAUUCUUAUGGCAUCAAUCUGCAUCCCUAUAACUUGCGGGAUACUUGUAUCAGAAGCCUGGAUCAACACAAGUGUCCUCUGUGAUAUUCAGGGAUUUUCUAUCCUCACUCUGGCUUUCAUGUCAAUAGGCACUUUGGCGCUAACGGCUAUUAACCGCUUUUUUCGAGUUGUGAAACCUGUCAUCUACAGACGCUUCUUCACAAAGAGAAACUCUCUGCUUCUAAUUGGGACGAUGUGGUUAUUGAUCGUCGCCUUUUACGCAACUUUGCUUCUGAGCAAAGCGAGUUACAUUCGUUACGAACCUAAUUACGCAACUUGCGCAGUUGCGCACAGAUUUAUGCAAACAUUGGUGGAAUUUGUCUUUGUUGUUCUAGCUUUCAUAGUUAUCGUUGUGAGCUACACUCUUGUCUUCAAUAGAAUACGAAGACAUCAUCUUUCGUUUGUUUCGUCUCUGGUCGGCCAACAACGGAAUUCGAGUAUCUCCGUAGAAGAAAUAAAAAUUUCCAAGCUUCUUUUCAUGACUGUGCUCGGAUUUGCCAUUUGUUGGAUGCCAAGUUUAGUAAUUAUCACAAUGGACCGUAUAUCACCCGACACCACCCCCCCAAGACGAAGGACUUUGCUCUGCACAUACCUCAACUAUCUAAGCGCGGCCUUAAACCCUCUAAUAUACGGCGUCAUGAAUCGUUCCUUCAGAGCAGAAUAUAAAAGGAUCCUUCUCUGUCGCAAGAACCAGAUUGACGUAGCUCAAAAUGGCACCAAAAGUCUUCGGACAUUUACAAACACUGCACGCGCAGCAGUGAUCUGGAAACGAGCCACAGAGAACAAGACGGAAACGGCAAAAGUCGCAUUCGCGUCGAACAACCAAAAUGACUGUAAGAAAACGUCACACGAAGAAAGAGAGGAUUCUCUCUUGCAGCGCUUACGAAGAUCUUCAGAUUGUUCAGGGGCGAUUUCGUUUUCGCAUAUUUCUCGUACUUCUACACCAACUUUAGAGUGACGAGUUUCAGUAGAAAAAAUAU